GCCUCUUUGAGUAUCAGGUUAGGUUGCGGCGUAGAACUGGGCCUGAAUAGGCGGCUGAGAGUCGAAUACAGAACCGAAUUACUGAAAUAAGGAUACUAGCGGCUUUAUUUUCUUGUUUAAAGCAUUUUGGUACACAUUCAACAACACGUUCACACCCACAUUAGGCUCAGCGGAACCGGCAGCAUGUCUGCAACAGGAGAUUUCGGCAACCCGCUCCGCAAAUUCAAGCUGGUGUUUCUGGGAGAACAGAGCGUGGGAAAGACAUCGCUGAUUACCAGAUUUAUGUAUGACAGUUUUGAUAAUACCUACCAGGCCACAAUAGGAAUUGAUUUCUUGUCGAAAACAAUGUAUCUUGAGGACAGAACAAUCAGGCUGCAGCUUUGGGACACAGCAGGACAGGAGCGUUUCCGUAGCCUCAUUCCCAGUUACAUCAGAGACUCUGCUGCUGCUGUUGUAGUUUACGACAUCACAAAUGUUAACUCGUUCCAGCAGACCACAAAAUGGAUCGAUGAUGUCCGAACGGAAAGGGGAAGUGAUGUCAUAAUCAUGCUUGUGGGAAACAAAACAGAUCUUGCAGAUAAAAGGCAAGUUUCUAUUGAGGAAGGAGAGAGGAAAGCCAAAGAACUGAAUGUAAUGUUUAUUGAAACUAGCGCUAAAGCCGGAUACAACGUCAAACAGCUUUUCCGGCGCGUAGCAGCAGCUCUCCCUGGUAUGGAGAGCACACAAGACAAGAGCAGAGAGGACAUGAUCGACAUAAAAUUGGAAAAGCCACCAGAGCAGCCGGUCAGCGAAGGCGGCUGUUCAUGCUGAGGCUUCAGUCGACAUUUCUGUGCCGUGUCUCUUUUUGUCGCUCUUUCAGACGCUCUUAGUCGCACUCACAGCAUCUCUCUGGAUAUUCUGCAGAAGCUCCGCCCACCCGGAGGGAGUAGAACACUACUUGCCCGUCACCCUCGUUACCGUGGUUACCGCCAACCUACUCGAACGACUUUAAAUGCGAAAGCACAAUGUGGAUGUGUGUGCUGUUGCUUUUCUAUUAAUUGUUUCCGUUAAUCGUACACCUUUUGUGGUGUUUUUGUUUUUCACUGUCAAAACACUUUAUCAAGUGUUGUUUUUGUCCAUGUUUCGUUUUAUGUGAAAUAAUACUUGUAUAACUGUAAUAAUGACGUGAAUAGGAACAAAACGAGAUCAAUAAAUGAAAUGACAGAACUAAUGUGAGAAGAAUAUCCAGAUUUGAAUAUGGGAGGAUUUGAUAAACAUUGAUCCAGAUUCAUGAUGCAGAGAUGGAUGUUUGGAAAUAUCAUAUGUGGCUACGGGGCGUUACAUCUGUGACGUUGCUAAUGUCUCUUUUUCAUAAGGAAGAAAGGAAAGUGUAAAAACAAAUAUUUUUGGAAUUUGGGAGGAACAAGUGCUGCUUUUAGCUCAGUUGACCCUCAAGCAUUGCAUUUCUUUUCUUUUUUUUUUCCUUAGAUGCCAUUUAAUUUUAUUUUUGUUAUUUUGAGAAUUAGAAAGUCAAAUAGCUUAGUCUAAGAGAGAUACAGUUAUUGUAAAGAAAUAUUAUGUAUAUUAAGGGAAGUAUCAGAUCCAGUUUAACAGAUAAUAUGCAGACAUUGCCUUUGAUGGUUUGUUCUAUUGGGCUUCCACUGGUUUGUUUGUUUUUUUAGCAUUGUAAAGUUUGAUUUAUUGUAAUAAUGACACACUAUAUAUGGUUUGCUUUGAUGUGUUGAAUCAACCAUGAACCCUAAUAUUUAUUUGUAAUGUCUUUUUGUUUUUAAACACUUUUUGUUUUUUCAUAAUUUGUAGAUGGAGACGUUUACAUAUUCUGGCCCAAAGCACCUGCCACGUUUGUUUUUUUUUUUUUUUAAAUGUACAGUGAUAAGUUUGUCCCCAGACUGAUCUAAACGUUUUUAAGAUCUAGUGCAUUUUGUGUCUUUUGUUUGGUUGUUUUCUUGAAACGGUCUCAUGCAUUUCAAAUGGAUUUUAACCAGUUUUGUCUGGCAACACUGCUUGACACCAAUGCUCAUUAUUUGCACUGCUAAGUUGAUCAGCAUCUUGAGAUGUCCCUAAUAAAAUCUUGUCUUUAGCAA